ACAGGGAGGUGCCGUUGCACUUGAUGAGAUGAGGAGCAUCUUGAAGCCGGUAUGAUGGAGGCAGAGCGAGAAAAUAUGAAUGUAUGAGAUCUACAGUCCACCGUCGUUUGGAGGCACAUUCAAAUUGUCGCAAAAAUGAAGAUUUGGAGCACUGAGCACAUAUUCAGCUACCCUUGGGAGACUGUGAUCAAAGCGGCUAUGAGGAAGUAUCCUAAUCCAAUGAACCCUAGUGUUGUUGGAGUGGACGUUCUUGACAGGAACUUGGACACACAUGGACGUCUACACAGUCAUCGGCUCCUCAGUACGGAGUGGGGGCUUCCAGCGGUCGUCAGAGCGAUUUUGGGGACAAAUCGGACCAUCACAUAUGUAAAAGAACAUUCCAUUGUGGACCCAGAAAAGAAAAAAAUGGAGCUUUGCUCAACAAACAUAACCCUAACUAAUUUAAUAUCAGUUGAUGAAAGGCUUGUCUACAGGCCUCAUCCAGAAAAUCCAGAGGUAACUGUGUUAACCCAAGAGGCGAUCAUCACGGUGAAGGGGGUCAGUCUGAGCAGCUACCUCGAGGGACUGAUGGCUCUAACCAUGACAGCCAAUGCAAGAAAGGGAUGGGACGCCAUUGAAUGGAUCAUUCAAAACUCUGAAAGGGAAAAUGUCCCUUUGUGUGACUUGUGUUAAACAGCCCUUGAGUGAGCCUAAGCAGCAUCACCAGCUCUGAAACCACAUCUGGCCUGCGUGAUUUUGCCCAAUCUCUCGUUGUGUUGAUGUUUGAAUUCGAAGGUAGUCAAAUAAGUGCUCAUGUAUGCACUGUUUUAUUUUAAACCUCAAAAAAUUGCACUAUUACAGGCAAACUGUAUAGUUUUGAAUGUCGCUACAAAAUAUGUAUGCACUGCACUGACUACCUCUUAUUUUAGAGUUCUUUUCAUGCCAGAACAGGGAUCCCAGUAACGAUUGGAUGUUAAUUUGGAAUUAAGCACAUUUAAGUUUAUAAUAUCUACAAAUUGAAUACAAUUUUUACUGUGUUCCUAAUUUGUUUUGAAAGACAUGAUUAAGGGGAAUAUGAGUUAAUUUUGUUGUUUGCAUGGAUAGUCGUAAAGUGUAUUUAACCGAUAAAGUCUAACUAAAACUUGUAGGAUAGAUGUUAUAACUUAUUAAAAGUCAUUUUGUAGUGUUUACUUUAAAAGGACCAUUCUAUAAAGUUGCUUCUUUAUACAUUGUAGACAUAUUGUCAACCCAUUUGUAAAGGAUUUUUAGUUUAUUAAGUAGAAUGAUUUGAAUGAAUGCUUAUUUAUGGUUAUGUUUAAAAUAAUAAAAACACUUUAUUUUAUUAUAAUAUUGCUGCAGUUCAGUACGAAAAGCAUGUUCGCUUUAUUUUGUGGGUAUUAUUUUUUUUUUCAAUGCAUAUGUUUGUUAAAUGAUUAACUUAUUUUAACAGUUCAGUGUAUCAACUUCAACAAACUUGUUACAUUUGUAAACGGUUUGAUUUUUAAAGCAUUGCUUGUCAGAGUAGUUGUUAAGGUCUUAUGGAGCCCUCUAUUGGCGAGUUUAGUGAUAAAAACUAUUUAAAAAUAUAUAUAAAAUUGAGCUCAAAAAGCUGAAAUCGGCAGACCGCUAACGUCUUACAUUAGUUUUUAUUUUUUUUUCUGUUUGUCCCGAAAUCUUUUUUUAAAUGCAUUUACUGACUUAAAAACUCACUUGUUAUUGUAUAUUUUUAACAUCUUUUAUUGUUUGCCUUAUUAUAUUGUUUCAGUGAAUUAUAAUGGAAUGGUCAUCAAUGUCACAGCUAAUUAAACAAUUAUUUCACUAGUCAUAGAAAUACAGGAAUAGGGAAAACAAAAUAACCUACUUGAAAUUGCCUAAACAUGAUGAAACACCACACAAGCAGAAGUAAACAAACGUAAACCUGGUUUGUACUGUAAUUGAGUCGUCUAGCAGUGCCAGAUGAAUUUCAGAAUUAUAUAUAUCAUAAUGCAAUAUUUUCAGCUUUGAUAUUGCUGAAGAGACUGGAAUGUCUUUAUGAUGUAUUGCCUGACAGUCAGACUCAAGCCUUUUGUUAAUUAAGGCACAGCAGAACAUCUUCACAGUCCUGAUGGUGGCUCCAUUACUCAUUUAACUGUGACAUUUUAAUGUAAUUUUUUGGUUGGUCUGGGGGCAAAUAAGUCCUGCAUAAUGUAUGCUAAUAAAGUAUCUUAAAUGUCAUGGUAUUAAAUGUUCUUUUAAUGCAAUCCCAAACCCUGUUUCUAUCUCUCUCUCUCUCUCUCUUAUGUGGAGGAUGUAGAAUUUAUUUAAAGAAACAAAAUAAAGUUGUAAUUUCUUUUAAUCUA